GUUUUUGGGAACAGGAAGAAAUCAACAUGGCGGAAUUUUAUAGAAAUUUUUGUACAACGAUAUUUUGAUUAAAAAUUUCCUCAUUCUCGUUGUAUGCUGCACAUUUCAAGCCAAGCCACGCCAUGCACAAGAACACAAAGACGAAGAAUGUAUUCCUUUUUCGAGCGUUGGAGAAAAUCCUUCACGACAAAGAAACGAAGAAAUCACAUCACUCACAAUUAAAGAAAGCUUGUGAAACUGCUUUAGGUAAUGGUCAAUAAAUAUUAUCAAUGAAGUGUUUAUGAUGUACACAGUGUGUUCAUUGAAUGAAAAUGUGUUUAUAGAACUUAAAGUGUUUAUAAACCUGCCCGGUUGAUUCAUAAUGCCAGAAAUUACAAGGUUGCAGUGAGGCAUUUAAUUUACUACAUAAUUAUUUAAGACAAUAGCAUAUUAGAAUCGAGCGUUACAAAAGUUCUAGUGUAUUAAUAUAUUGAAUAGCUAGUAUAUUAGUUAGAGCGCAGAGAUUUAGUGGAUUUAAGAGUUUUUACUGCAUAUAAUGUAUAUGCACAACGUAAUUAGAAACAUAUGUCAAAUUGUCUAUGCAAUAUUGGCCAGAUCAUAUUCUAGCUAUAUAUUGUAUACAGUACUUGUCAUUAUGACAGAGCUUUGGUCCUUUGGAUGCAAUUACCUGAAAAAAAUACAAGGAAAUUUUUAAGUUUCAAGCAAAGGCCCUAUUCGUCAGGAUGUUUAUACGAUAAAUAUCAGGAAGUAACAAUAAAUAAUUAUAAUCAAACAACUCUAUGAAAUACUUGAAUGAUUACGUUUUGAGUCUGGUGUCUUUCUUCAUUCAUAGACUGAGAAGCAUUUAUUUUUAAAAUAAUUCAAUUUUUUUGUAAUUUUAGAAGAAAUAAACACUGCCCAAGGAAAUGGCAAUGAAAAGUCCACAGGGUAUUUAUAUCAAUUAUGAUUUUUUAUGGAUUAAUAAGUUUCUUACCAUAUAAAAUAUGCCAUGAGUUCUAUCUCAUCUGCUUUAAUUCCUUAGAGUAAAACCCAAGUCAAACGUCCGAGUCACUUAAAAAAAGACAAAAUUGAAUAAAAUUCACAAUAGGAGUAGGGUUAGGGUACUAAGUCAUUGAACUACAAAGACUGCUAAACAGUGACUCAGAUAUUUGACUGAGGCUCAGAUUUGACUCAGACUUGGAUUUGACACGGUAAACCGACAAACUAACUUUCCUUAGAGGUACAAUACACAUUCUAUUAAGGCCCUGUCAUCUACACAAUAAAACUAGUCACAUACGAUUGCCAUUCUGGCAUAUAAAAACGACUGCUACCGCCACUAUUCCUAAAGUUUAUGCCGAAAUUUGAAACGUGACAACUUUACAUGCGUUUAUUCAUGCCAGGAUAAGAAUCAUAUGUGACUAGUCGUAUCGUGUAAAUGGGACUUUACUCAUUCUAAAUGUUCAAAAUUUCUCCACAGCGACAGUUCUUCAGCGACACUGCCUCCACCUCCUGGACAACAAACAUUCAUCACAGCGGAUCAAUAUUUCUUGCCAUUUGAACUGGCUUGUCACUCGAAAUGUUCAAGAAUUGUUACCACUGCCCUCGACUGUAUACAGGUAAUAAAGGUCAUAGCACAAUGUGUAAUACUGUAAGUUCUUUGUAUGUUUGCGUAGAGAUGAUUUUUUUAAAAAAAAUUAUUUAAUGUCGAAUGACACGGAGUGUGGUUGCCCAAUCACUCGAGCAAGGGGCUCAUCAUAGAAGUGCUCGACAAUAAUGUAAUCUUGAACCAUCGGUGCCAGUGUAGGUAGCGACGAUGACAAGACAGCUCUACGGAUUGACAGAGAUCCAACUGCCUGAAAAAUACUUAAUAGAACCACAACAUAAAAUUUGGAGCGAAGCCCUUCAUCGGGAUAUUAGUAGACAAGGAAUUAUCUAAUCAUCAAGAAUUUUGGCUACUAACUUCCUGACGAAAGGCCUUUGCUCGAAGUUAUUGUCUGUUUAAGCAAGUUAAUUCUAAAGUAGAUUGAGAUUGCUAACCAAUUGAGUCACAUUGCGGCCUGAUGUGCCCUACUUUAUUAUUUUACUCUGUCUAAUGCUAGAUUAUUUUACUCUCAUCUGUCUAACGCCAGACGAUUUUACUUGUCAAGGGGAGAGCGCUGGACCUUAAUGGGUUAAUCAAGAAAGCUGUGAAUUGACCAUUUGCAUAAUAGACUAAAUUUUGAACUAAACAAGUCUAGACAAAAAUUUCAUCACAGCUUGAAGGAGCAUCACAAAAUUAGUAAUAUUCCAAAGUUUUGUUGCAAAAUGUUGUAAAAUGUGGAACAUAUAGCCUUGCAAAUUUGCAAUUUUCAGUCAUUUUAGAUUACAAACGGGAAAUUGACAGCCCCAAACCCUUCGAGGUUGUCAAUUUCCGGUUUGUAAUCUAAAAUGACUGAAAAUUGCAGAUUUCGCAAGGCUAUAUUUUCCGCAUUUUACAACAUUUUGCAACGAAACUUUGGAAUAUUUACUAAUUUUGUGAUGCUCUUUCAAGCUGUAAUGAAAUUUUUGUUGAGAUCAAAAUUUAGUCUAUUAUGCAAAUGGUGAAUUGAAAGGUAUUCAACUAGUGACUACUGGUGUCAAAUGCUUUCUAAUUUCAUUGUAAUUUCAUUGUUUCCUAGAAAUUGAUUGCAUAUGGUCAUAUAAUUGGUGACACACCUGAUUCAAUCGAACCCGAGAAACGUUUGAUAGACAGGAUAAUUGAUACAAUCUGCAGUUGCUUCACCGGCAUUCAUACCGAUGAAGGAGUCCAACUUCAAAUUAUCAAGGUACAUGUAUUUGUCAUUCAUUGAACUUAUGUAAAUUAUUGCUUUCCUGACCGACCCUAUUUUUUUUCUGCUGACCCUAUUAUGUUUUAAUGUGAUUGACCGUGCAACCCUAUUUUCUCCAGGUGGUUGCAGGCUGCUCAUACAGCGUGCCAAAAUGGCAUCUGUUCUCACACUAAUUAUUGAACCAAAUUGCCUAAAUUCAUCCAUAGGAAAUACACAUCUCUAGUUAAUAUUGAUGUUGGGACUCACCCAGCAAAAAAAAAAAUCGCCCAGCAAAAAAAUGCCAAAACCAUGAAAAAAAUAUUUAAAAAAAAAUUUAUUUCCAACCUACCGAUCCUAAUUUUUUAGGCCUAACAGGUUAUCACAAACUGAACUAUAUUUAACUAUUAUUUCAUAUUUUGUGUACCAGGCAUUGCUGACUGCCGUCACAUCAAGUACAUGUGAAGUUCACGAAGGGACCCUGCUUCAAGCUGUUCGUACAGUGUAUAACAUCUACCUUGCCAGCAAAAACCUCAUCAAUCAAACUACAGCCAAGGCAACUCUCACGCAAAUGAUCAGUUUGGUCUUUCAGAGAAUGGAAAGCCAAGCAGUAAGUCUGUUAUUAUGUGUGGAAAAAGAGCUAUAGAUCUAAGCUACAGUUGACAGUUGUUUCAUAUUAUUCUGACACCGCAGAGUACAACAAAACAUUUGUAAUAAUAAAUAAUAUAAUAAUUUGCAGUAAUAAAUUUACGUGGUGUUUCCACAAACAAAACCUAUUAAAACAUUUGUUGUCUCAAGCGGGAUUCAACUCUUGUCUUCGGGUAUCUGGACCGCAGCUUUGCCCAUUGAGCUAUUGAGUCAACAGGGAUUGUAGCAAGUCUUACAUAUAACAUUUCAUUUAGGUGGAAGCGGUAAAACUCCAAGAAGAAAUGGCUGCAGAAAGGUUGAAAAAUGAAGAAGAGCAACGUGGUUCUGAAGAAAAGCAAGAUGAAAGUUUGAAGAAUGAUGGAGAACAUUUGAAGGAUGAUCAGGCUUUGCCCAAUGGUGAAGUUGUUCAAGAUGAAGACGAAGGGGUUGAUUUAAGAGGUAGUGUACAUGAUUCUACUGUAUAUUUAUCAACAGAUGAUAUGUGUCUUUUAAAAUUCCUAUCAAGGUCUAACUAUUUAUUUCACCUUACAGAGGGUGAUGUAGAUAGCCCAGCAGUGGAAGAAAAAACUAACGAUGAAACAGACAAUACAAGCAACUCACAACCUGAUACUCUUGAAGCUGAACAAGCACAAAAUGAUACUGCAAAUGACUCUACUGUUUCAGAACAGGCCCAAAGCGACGGGACAACAGAGGGCUGUGAGUCGUCUGACGUUGUGAACGAAACAAGUGCUGAUGUUAAUGAACUUCGAACUGAUUCGGCUGGCCCGAAUGAUGCUGCUCCAUCGAGCGAACCAACGUCUGAAAAUAUAAAUGAAUCCUCUGAAAAUAUAGAAGAAAAUUCCGAAAGCAUAUCAACAAAUAAAACUGAGAACAAUUCGUCAGAAAAUGAACCGAAACCAGAUAAUCAAUUAUCUGAAAACAGCCAAAAAUUGGAUAACCAAAAACCUGUAGAAAUUCCACCAAUUCAAAUUCCUGACGAUAGUCAAAGCAAGACAAAUGUCUCCAUACCAGAUGAUACUUCAGAAAGUCAUGAAGAAGGCUUAGAAACAGCGCGAAGUUCAGUCUCUGAAGCUCAGUCUGAUGUACACAGCGAGGGAACUGGCGAUGGAAAACCACAUCAGAGGUUUUCUCAUAUCACUCAGAAAGAUGCGUUCUUAGUUUUCCGCUCACUAUGUAAACUUUCCAUGAAGUCUUUGGCUGAAGGACCCCUAGAUCCCAAGUAAGGAUAUUACUAAUAUACAGCAGUCAAAACUUGUUUUCUAUAUUCCUCCUGAACUACUGUAUCAAGGGCGGAUUUUCAUUUUUUUUAAAGGAGGAGUGGAAACAUUUCUAGUGGGGUGCAAACGAUACUACUGAGCGAGCUUCGGCAGGGGUUAGGCGUUAGGGUUAAAGACUUUUACACGAAAUAGGGGUGAAGCGAAAUUUCGGUGGGGUUGAACACUUUAUAAGAGGGAUUAGAGAGAUUCUAGGUGGGUUUAACACCCCCACCCCAUGUACUGUACAGGGUAUCUAAAAAAAACGCUAUAGAAAUUCAACAGGCUGUCGUGCAUCAUAAAUGUGAUGAUUUUUCUGUGUUGGUGUAAUGUACUCAGGUGAAUAUGAUGCUUGUGAUGUUACUCUGAGUGUAGAUCCACACCGGGCAAGCUUGAAAAAUAUACCUGACCACGGUGGUCAGGUAUAUUUUUCAAGCCUGCCCGGUGUGGAUAUACACUCAGAGUAACAUCACAAGCAUCAUCAUAAACGUGGCUAAACAAUUCAAUUUUUACAUAGGACGAAAGAACAGUUAUUUAGUUUUUGAAUGAUACUCUUUUUAAAUCGUAACGAUGAGAAAUGGCCACAUACUCGUCAAAUAAAAAUUGCCGGUCGAAAUCACAUUCUUCCACCGUUGGGAAUUGAAAAUACAUACGAAAAUUUUUAAUUGACGAGUAUGUGGCCAUUUCUCAUCGUUACGGUUUAAGAAAUAUAUCAUAGAAAAGCUAAAUAACAGCUCUUUCGUCCUAUGUAAAAAUUGAGUUGUUUAGUUAAGUUUGUGAUGCACAACAGCCUGCCGAAUUUCCAUAGUGUUUUUUUUUUAGACACCCUGUAUAUGUUAACUUCAUUUACACUAGAUACAUGUAGCUCUAUCAUUUUUAAGCGCCGCCAUCAUAUUCUCUUUAUUUCCACAGAUCUCACGAACUAAGAUCAAAAAUCCUUUCUUUGGAACUGUUGCUAUCGUGUCUUCAAAAUGCUGGUCCAGUGUUCCGUACUCAUCCGAUGUUUAUCAACGCUAUCAAACAGUAUUUGUGCGUGGCGCUGUCUAAGAAUGGAGUCUCUUCCGUUCCAGCUGUGUUUGAACUUUCUUUGGCAAUCUUCUUGACUUUAUUGUCGUAUUUUAAAACUCAUCUUAAAAUGCAAAUCGAGGUAUGUGUGCUCGUUAAUGUAAUUUUUUCAGGGGUGGGACCUUUGUGUCGAAAUCGCCAGAGCGAACGUCUUCCUCUGAGUUCGUGGAUUCGAUUCUCGCUGUGAACUCGUGUGAAACGAGUCUGUCAAUGCUCUGCCGAAAGUUGUGGGUUAUCUCCGGGUCUCUUCCCACAGGGUGGGUUGGAAUAAGCCUGUAACUCACCCUUCUUGCGUAGCUGUGCUCCGUGAUCAGACAUGAGUCAUAAGGUGGCUGUCAGAGGCGCCCUUAGAAAGCCUUCGACUCGAUCAGGCUGAGCUGCGUCCUUCGUAAUUCAGUUUAGCUCUCAGCCGCAAGAAAGGAUGGUUACCACGCCUCUACUAACAUCCCAGUUUAUCAUAUAUUUUAAAGACCUAAUCCUUGAAGUUGAUUUAAAAACAAAUUUUUGUCCGAUCUAGGUUUUCUUUAAAGAUAUAUUUCUAAAUAUCCUGGAGACCUCGACCAGUUCUUUUCAACACAAAUGGAUGGUAAUGCAAACAUUAACAAGGAUUUGUUCAGGUAGAGAAUUGCCCUAAAUUUAACAGUACAAAGAACGGUUGCAUGACGUUAUAUAUUACCAUUUCGUAAUGAUGUCGCGAGCAGUAGGUUUAGAUUACAGUUAGAAUUAUGAUUACGCUAAAUCUCACAACUUGUCAACAAGAUGUGUUCGCAAGAGGCUUGUAGCAAGCUUGUCAACAAGUUGUAACAAUGCUGUUAUUUUAUCAAGCUGCUACAAGGUUGUCACUCACAACUUGUUGACAAAUUGAUGAAUUGCAGGACGAUAACAAGUUGUUGGAACAACUUGCAACACGUCUGUUGAGCUCAACAACCUUGUACUGUUGAGCUCAACGAACUUGUAGUGGUACUAUCUUGUAGUGGCUCAACGAACUUGUCAACAAGCUGGGAACAAGCAGUGCGAACACAUCCUGUUGACAAGUUGUUGAAUAGCAUUGCUACAAGUCUGCUGCAGGUUUGUUACAACUUGUGCGUUGUUACGCGUGUAUAGUCGCAAGUUCCUUUCCUUGGACUAAUCUGCAAUGGUAACCAAACCAUCCAAUUAAUGUUUUGUAAAACUCUACACACUACACAUGUAUAUACUAGAAAGUCACCCAUCCUUACACUUAUUAUAUUGUGUUCCACAGACGCACAGACCGUUGUCGACAUCUAUCUGAACUACGAUUGUGAGCUGGCUUUGUCAAAUAUUUUUGAAAGAUUGAUCAACGAUCUCUCGAAAGUGGCGCAAGGACGUCAAGCCAUUGAACUGGGCGCAACACCGGUAAGUUGCAUACCUUAGUAUUUUCCUACUACGCAUAUAUUAGAAUAGUUCUAUGGUCCCCAUUUUACUACAGCUGCGAUUUUAUUACUACAGUGGAUCAUCAAUCAAGAAGCAUCAUUCUCAUUUGACAGACUGGGGGGGGGGGGCUGGGGGCAACGCCCUCCUGUCAAUAUGAAUGGUAGCUGAAUCACUAUGUUCCCAGAACUGAGAUUUGCUAAAAGGAUGGUAAUACAGUGGUAACACGAAGUGUCGACCACUGUCGUUCGUUUAUAGUGACUGAACAGCAACUAGAGACAACUGAAAAUACCCUUCUCUUAUGCAGGUGCAAGAACGAAGCAUUCGCAUCAAAGGUCUUGAAUGUUUAGUCUCAAUCUUAAAGUGUAUGGUGGAAUGGAGCCGUGAUCUCUAUUUUAAACCUGAUUCACAAGUUGAUGAUAAAUUAGGUAAGCUACUGUAUGGCUUAGGUAUAUCCAGUGCUGAGUACUUAUCCAGUGCUGAGUACUUAUCCAGUGCUAAAUGUUUCAGACUUUGAGGAUGGGACACCGACCAUGCCUCGCAAAGGAAGUACACUCGAGGAAGAAGGUGCUGUAGAUGGUGACUUACAGUCAAAGACAGGAGGAAGUCAAAACUCGCUCAAUAAUGGCCUCCCUCUUGAUAAUGCUGAACAGUUUGAAAGUUUGAAACAAAAGAAAGAAACGAAAGAGAAAGGCAUACAAUUGUAAGUAAGGCGUACAAUUAUGUAUUGUAAUUGUAUACAACGUUAAUUUAUAUUGUUACACAACAUUAAUUUAUAUUGUUACACGUAGUAUAAAUUGAUGUACUACUGUAUAUUUUUAUCAAUCAAUCGAAAGCCACCUACCUCGAAUAGCUUGCUAAAUGUAGGUGGUUUCUUGUAAAUUAUUUUGUAAAAAUUAUUUAAUUAACUUAAAAUUGAAGUAAUUAAACCUCAUGACACUGAAUGGACAACGUCAAGUGUCCUCUUUAGAGAGAUAUCACAGAGGUCUGACACAGACAAAACCCGUAAUCGCCACCAUGCCAUGCAAUCCAGUUCACAAGGUUUCAAUCCCAAGCCAGAUCUUCAUCAGCGUCUGUUUUGCUUUGUUUCAGAUUCAACAAAAAAAGUCCUUCCAAAGGUAUCAAAUUUCUUCAAACUGAGGGUCUUUUGGGAGAUUCAGUGACUGAAGUCGCGCAGUUUUUACACGCGGAUGAUAAAUUGGAUAAGGUCAGUGAAUAUUCCAUCAGUGGGAACAACAGUAUCCCUUUGGCCCCCUUAUAAAUACUUGAAUUGAAUUCAGCGCGAGACAUAAUCACGCCACUGGUUAUCGUUAUAAAGUAUGCCUGUUUUCGGCAUACCUCGUAACCAUGGUUUGUGGCUAUAGAGUCUGAAGAACAUUGCAAAAGAUUGAAAAGAUUAUUGAGCUGGAGACUAACCCACGUAUUGUAGUUUCAAUCUGUCAACCGCGGGUGGAGGACAGUACAAGUUGGUAUUGUUCAUUGGUUUUCCCUGUAGUUGUUUAUAAACAAGUUUGUAAAUGUUUCUGCUUUAAUUUAGACAAUGAUUGGAGAGCUACUUGGUGACCCUGGCCAGUAAGUAUUCGUUUGAUAAUAGACAAUUCCCAUUAUAGACUAAUUUUAAAACUAGGCAAGGAGAUGCAAAUAAAUCACACCAGCAUACUAAAAUUGGUGAUAUUGCAAAGUUUGGUUGCGAAAUGUUGUAAAAUGCUGAAAAUAUAGCCUUGCAAAGUUUGAAAAUUUUGUAUACUUUUGUAUUGCGUGCGGAAAUUGCUACUACAUUUGAGCCGAAAAUGGUAGGAAUUUCCGCACGCAAUACAAAAGUAUACAAAAUUUGCAAACUUUGCAAGGCUAUAUUUUCCGCAUUUUACAACAUUUCGCAACCAAACUUUGCAAUUUUACUAAUUUUUGUAUGCUGUUUGUAGCUGUAGUGAUUUAUUUGCAUCUCCUUGCCUAGUUUUAAAAUUAGUCUAUAAUGGGAAUUGUCUAUUGUAAAUUGAAUUACCCCCACCCCCUCCUCCCCCCACCUCUACCCCCGCCCUUAUCAUCAGGUUUCCCACCCGUUGUGUACUGGAGAAUAAGAGUCACGUUGCAAGAAAUUCUAUUUCUUUUCCUUCAAGUACAAUAAGGAAGAGAAUUGGAUAACUGCAGGUUUACCACCAUCUGCUGCAGAAUGCUUCAUGAAACCCAUGUAUAGGUGUAAACUUUUUUUAAUUCAGAUACGAGCGUGAGGUGAUGUACGCCUACAUUGAUCAACUGGAAUUCUCUGGGAUGAAUCUUGUGCAAGCUCUACGUCUGUUUCUUCACAACUUUCGCUUGCCCGGUGAAGCGCAGAAGAUUGACAGGCUGAUGGAAAAAUUUGCAAGUAGAUUUUGUGAGACGAAUCCAAAGUAAGUUUGCUUGUCUGUCUGUUUCUUGUCACCGUGAAUUAUUUUAUCGUCUUUAUUUUACGCCAUGACUGCAGACUUUGAAGAAUCAUGGAGCGACGUUACGUUACCUCCAAAGUUUAAGGUGCUACAAGCUCCAAAUUGAAAUGUUAAAAUGUGCGCUUUAAAUCUUUGAAUUAAGAAUUCAGGAGUUACAGGUCACGUGGAAUGAGUGGUACUGACCAGUAUAUAAUCUAAACCUGCAGUAAAUGACUGUCAACUCCAAACAUAGUCUAAAAAUAAGGCUUGAAUAGAUUGAAUAAAUUCAAUGUCUUCGUAUCUGACUAUUUCUUUUUGUUCAUUCAGUGAUGAUGUAUUUGCAAGUGCAGACGCGGCUUACGUGUUGGCUUACUCUAUUAUCAUGUUGACCACUGAUUUACACAGUUCUCAGGUAAGACAUGAUAUAACUCACAGUAUAUCAUCUUGAAUAAGUCAACUUUAUUUAGAUAGCUCUACCAAUUCUAAACUUCACAAUUUCAUGAUGUGUAUAUUUUUCAGGUGAAACGUAAGAUCACGAAAGAGCAAUAUAUUCAAAUGAACCGCGGUAUCAAUGACAAUAAAGAUCUUCCACCUGAAUAUCUAGAAGCAAUAUAUGAUGAUAUAGCACAUAAUGAAAUAAAAAUGAAACAUACACCGAAAGUCAACAGCAGACAUGACGCCACGUGUGAGUUGGUUGUUUGGUUUUAAAAUUAGUUUACUUUCUACGUUUGUGGAUUACAAGCGUAAAAAAAUAAAAAUACCACAGCUUGUCAACGAGAUGUGUUCGCUCUGCUUGUUCCUAGUUGUUGACAAGUUUGGAACAAGUUGUUAUCAUCUUGUAACAAAGUUGAUGAGGUCGACAGACUCGUAACAAGUUGUUAACAAGUUGAUGGCAACAAGCUCAUAACAACUUGUUCCAGACUUGUCACAACAACUGGGAACAAGCAGUGCGAACACAUCCUGAUAUCGGCUUGAGAACAACAUUGUUACAACUUGUUUGCAGACCUGUAACAAAUUGCGCGUUUUUACGUGUGUAAUGUGAAAGAGGCGAAUUCAUAUUUUUAACUCUCUCUCUCAGACUUACAAAGUGAGAAGCAUCGUCGUAUGUUGUACUCCAUGGAAAUGGAACACAUGGCGGAAAAUGCCAAAACACAAAUGGAAGAUGUCAGUCACAUUCAGACAGACUUUGUUACCGCUACACAAAUUGGUCACGUGAAAACCAUGUUCAAGGUAAUAUUCGAUGUUUAGGUACUAUGGUUUUUAAAGUUGAAGUCCUCAUAAGUUAAAAGACGGAAUAAGCGAGAUUAGAACUCUCAGAUCGGACUUUUGAUUGCUAUUUUGAGCCAUGAUUAUUAGAUUGCAUUGAUACCGCGAAGCUCAGUUGGCAGACCAUUGGGCUAGUAUCCCAAAGGUCGUAGGUUCGAAUCCCACUGUGGCCAGACAUAUUUUUCAAGCUUUCCCGGUGUGAAUACGCACUCAGAGUAACAUCACAAGCAUAAUCGUUCUAUACCCAUUGAACAAUUCUCAUCUUCGUUUCACCGAGACUUAAAUUUUCGAGGUUUUACUUUUCCCGUUCACUUCAGGUGGCUUGGAGUCCAUUUCUGGCAGCAUUCAGUGUGAAUCUUCAAGACAACGACGACCCGUCUGUGGCAUCAUUGUGUCUGGAUGGUAUUCGCUGUGCAAUCAGAAUAUCCUGUAUCUUUAGUAUGCCUGUAAGUCUUUAUAUCACUACCACUUAUAACCACAACAAUAUAUUUCACACUACAACACACUUAACUCGAAUUUCACAAACUUUGUUGAAACAUGAAUUGUAUAUAUUACUUCAGUUGGAGAGAGACGCAUUCGUACAAGCCUUGUCAAGGUUCACACUUCUUUCUGCGACCAGUGGAACUCAUAUUCAUGAAAUGAAAACCAAGAAUAUUGAGACGAUCAAGACAUUAAUUACCAUCGCUCAAACAGAUGGUAAUUACGUCGGGAAAUCUUGGCUGGAGGUAAAUAUUAUACAUACUAACCCACGCUGUCUAACUUUAACUACUGUAUUACACAUGUAAAAAUCUCACAACUUGUCAACAAGAUGUGUUCACAACAGGCUUGUAGCAAGCUUGUCAACAAGUUGUAACAAUGCUGUUAUUUUAUCAAGUUGCUACAAGGUUGUCACUCGCAACUUGUUGACAAAUUGUUGAAUUGCAGGACGAUAACAAGUUGUUGGAACAACUUGUAACAAGCCUGUUGAGCUCAGCAACCUUGUAGCAAGUCUGUUGAGCUCAACGACUUUGUAGCAAGUUGUCAACAAGCUGGGAACAAGCAAUGCGAACAUAUCCUGUUGACAAGUUGUUGGAACAGCAUUGCUACAAGUCUGCUGCAGGUUUGUUACAACUUGUGCGUUUUUACGCGUGUACUACAAUUUUUAAGCAAGAAUCAAACCUACGCUAUCACACAAUUGAAAGACAUUCGUUCUAACGACGAACUUUAUUUUCAGAUUUUGAAAUGUAUUUCUCAAUUGGAGCUAGCUCAGUUGAUCGGCACUGGAGUGAAAACGCGAUAUCUUCACACGGGAGCCAGCGGUGUUACUAAUUCUGGGACAACCCCUGCGUCCAGCGGUAGGACGGCCUAUGACGUCACCUCAGGUAGGUGAACUUCACAAUGAUUUUAUGAACUAUAUGUUUUUCCAAUGCAAAAGUUGUUUCAUUCACUGUUAUCUGUUAAGGUCGUACGCCAGCGGACGCAAAGAGAAUGGCAAGCGCUCAAGAAGCUAUUGGAGAAACAGCAACACAAAGUGUCGUCGUCGCUGUGGACAGGUAAUCUCAUUGUAUCUUUCAUGUAGUUGCAUCCCUAUAAAUCUCAAGCUUUCUUAUUUUUGUCACAGACCGUCCACGAUAUUUGGCCAUACUAAUAUGUAUCCUCUGACUGUUGUAGGGUUUUUACGGGCUCAGUGAAGCUGGAUGGAGAUGCUAUAGGUACUAUUCGAUAUAUUGAAUUGAAACAACUUUUCCAGUUUAAAAUGAACAAUAUACCAUUAAUGUGUGUUUAACAAGGACAAGACUACGGACAUAAAUUGUAACAAAACUGCAGCAGACUUGUAGCAAUGCUGUUCCAACAACUUGUCAACAGGAUGUGUUCGCACUGCUUGUUCCCAGCUUGUUGACAAGCUUGCUACAAGGUUGUUGAGCUCAACAGACUUGUUACAAGUUGUUCCAACAAUUUGUUAUCGUCCUGCAAUUCAACAAUUUGUCAGCAAGUUGUGAGUGACAACCUUGUAGCAACUUGCUAAAAUAACAGCAUUGUUACAAAACUUGUUGACAAGCUUUGCUACAUGUCUGUUGCGAACACAUCUUGUUGACAAGUUGUGAGAUUUUUACGUUCAUUUGGAUCGUAUGAUACUUACCAUUCGUAUCGUAUUUUUAUAUUCAGUCGACUUCGUCGAAGCUUUACGACAGGUUUCCGAAGUGGAGCUCUCGAACCAGACGAUGAUCCGAAUGUUCAGUCUUCAGAAGAUUGUAGAGAUUGCGUAUUACAACAUGGGUCGUAUCAGGUUGCAGUGGUCGAGAAUAUGGGCUGUGUUAGGUGAUCAUUUUAAUAAGGUUCGUAUUAUUUGUUUUUUACUGCAUAGCAAUAUCAGAUCCGUUCAAAAUGUUCUCCCUACAGGUCCAGUAGGGAUUCACCUUGUUGGAAAAUUAUACUGGGUAGUAGUUUUAUCAGUUCUAAACUGUUCGCCCUAGAGAUCCAGUAAGGAUCAUCUCUUAUUGAUCCAGUGUUACUACAGGAGGAAACCUAAACUAAACUAACUUUAUUUCUACUGGAUAGUUCUAUCAGUUCUAAACGGCUUUCCGUAGAGAUCCAGUAAGUGCAUAGAUAUCAGUAAGUGUCAUCUCUUAUUGGUCCAGUGUUACUACAGGAUAUUUCUAUAUUGAACCCUGAAUUUAAAACCUAAAAUUAAAACCUCAAUUUAAAGCCUCAAUUUAAAGCCUGAAUUUUAUACGUGAAUUUUAUACCUGAAUUUUAAACCUGAAUUUUUAAACCUGAAUUUCACUGGAUAGCUCUAUCUGCUCUAAACUAUUCUCCUUUAAUUAGUAAAUUUGCAGCAGGCAACAGAGUCUGAAUGUGUAUACGGUUUAUUUCUAAAUGCGAUUGUCUAUCUGUUCUUACAGUGUGGUUGCAAUCCCAAUGAAGAAGUGGCUUUCUUUUGUGUUGACUCUCUGCGACAGUUAUCUAUGAAAUUCUUGGAAAAAGGAGAGUUGCCAAACUUCCGAUUUCAGAAAGACUUUCUCAGACCUUUUGAAUAUAUCAUGAAGAAAAAUAGGUAAGGUGGUGCGUGUGUACAGUAAGUAACAACAACUCAGUGGCGCCGUGGCCGGGGGGGCCAGGGGGGGCCAUGCCCCCCCCCCCCUACUGUGAAGACCCGUCGGAAAAUUGUGAAUGUGCUUAAAAAGCGACCCAUCUUAUGAGUUAAUUGGCGAAGUAAUUUUAAAAAUAAACAUUAUUUGUCUAACCCGAGAAAAUCAAAGCUGAAGUUCAUGUAAAUCAGGACAAAUCUUUUUCCGAUUUACAAACAUUGAUUAAACAUUCAUUUCUUUUGUAUUUUCCUCGUGAAUUAUUAGUGGGAUUUUUAAACAUACAUAGAAUAAACAACAGCAAUCAGUAAACAACAACAAUCAGUAAACAACAACAACAACAACAACAAUCAGUAAACAACAACAGCAAUCAGUAAACAACAACAGCAAUCAGUAAACAACAACAGAAAUCAUUAAACAACAUCAGUAAACAACAACAGCAAUCAGUAAACAACAACAACAACAACAGCAAUCAGUAAACAACAACAGAAAUCAUUAAACAACAUCAGUAAACAACAACAGCGAUCAGUAAACAACAACAGCAAUAGUAAACAACAACAAUCAGUAAACAACAACAGCAAUAGUAAACAACAACAGCAAUCAGUAAACAACAACAGCAAUCAGUAAACAACAACAGCAAUCAGUAAACAACAACAGCGAUCAGUAAACAACAACAAUCAGUAAGCAACAACAACAACAACAACAGCAAUCAGCAAACAAUAACAGCAAUCAGUAAACAACAACAGAAAUCAUUAAACAACAACAAUCAGUAAACAACAACAGCAAUAGUAAACAACAACAAUCAGUAAACAACAACAAUCAGUAAACAACAACAACAACAACAACAACAAUCAGUAAACAACAACAGAAAUCAGUAAACAACAAUCAGUAAACGACAACAGUCAAUAAACAACAAGAGCAAUCAGUAAACAACAACAGCAAUCAGUAAACAACAACAACAACAAUCUGUAAACAACAACAAUAAUCAGUAAACAACAACAGUAAAAAUCUAUUCAAAACAUAUUUAUCAUGUUUUUAUGUAGCUCGGCGACAAUACGUGACAUGGUAGUUCGCUGUGUCACACAAAUGGUUCACUCUCAAGCUGUGAAUAUCAAAUCUGGUUGGAAAAAUGUCUUUUCUGUUUUUCAUUUGGCUGCAUCAGAUCAUGACGAAGGAAUUGUUGAAUUGGCUUUCCAAACUACAGGUUUGUGGAACAAUAUUCAGGUUUUGUAUGGCUACUGUAAUUUCUUUCUGUAGUAACACUGGAUCAAUAAGAGAUGAUCCUCACUGGUUCUCUAGGAAGAACAGUUUAAAACUGAUAGAGCUAUCCAGUAUAAAUAAAGUUAGUUUAGUUUAGGUUUCCUUCUGUAGUAACACUGGAUCAAUAAGAGAUGAUCCUCACUGGUUCUCUAGGAAGAACAGUUUAGAACUGAUAGAGCUAUCCAGUAUAAAUAAAGUUAGUUUAGUUUAGGUUUCCUUCUGUAGUAACACUGGAUCAAUAAGAGAUGAUCCUCACUGGUUCUCUAGGGAGAACAGUUUAAAACUGAUAGAGCUAUCCAGUAUAAAUAAAGUUAGUUUAGUUUAGGUUUCCUUCUGUAGUAACACUGGAUCAAUAAGAGAUGAUCCUUACUGGUUCUCUAGGAAGAACAGUUUAGAACUGAUACCUUGACAUUCCCUCAUUUUUCUAGCCACGAUUUUUGAGAAGUACUUUUCUGCGACCAUUGACUCGUUCCAAGACGCAGUGAAAUGUCUCUCGGAGUUUGCAUGUAAUGCGAGUUUUCCUGACACGAGUAUGGAGGCGAUUCGUCUCAUCCGAAAUUGUGCCAAAUUUGUCUCUGAAAAUCCCACGGUAUGUCCUUUGUUAUAAUACUUAGUAACUCCCGGGUGUCCCAAAAAAACUGAACACUGUUUGAUUUCGUGUAACGUAAAAGCUAUAAAAGCUAUCGCAAUGAAAUAAAUAUCAUUGCAUUCAGAAAGGACUAACUUAGAUUUUGAUAUAUAACACUUGAAUUUACAUGCAAUAUUGACUGCGCUAUUGAUGUUUGAACGUUGAACUACUGUUUUUGAAAAUGCCAAAAAUUAGCGUAGAACAACCUUAUAAUUAGCCAAUUUUUACCGAGGUUCACCAAUUCCUAAAACGCAUGCCAAAUUCAAACAGUUGUAUCUCACUCAAUAUUGCAUGUAAAUUCAAGUGUUAUAUAUCAAAAUCUAAGUUGGUCCUUUCUGUAUACAGUGAUCGUUAUUUCAUUGCGAUAGCUUUUAUAGUUUUUACGUUACACGAAAUCAAACAGUGUUCAGUUGGGGUUUUUUGGGACACCUGGUAUAUGAUUGGAGUUCAUCAAUUUGUCGCCACGUACUGUACUUGACAUUCACUGGAAACAUCUAACUGAUCUAGGUGUUUCUAAUCUAUUUCAAACACAGACCACGGCAGUUUAUAUUGAUAUUUAUUUCUACCAGAUGUUUAAAGAUCAUGGUAGUGAGGACGCUGGCAUUUCUGAGCAAGAUCGUAUUUGGGUCAAAGGAUGGUUUCCAGUUCUGUUUGAAUUAUCGUGUAUUAUUAAUCGAUGUAAACUGGAUGUCAGGACCAGGUAGGAGUUUAGAAUUUGAGGAAAUCAUGAUGUCUUGUGUGACAAGAAGGCUUCCAGUUUGACUCAACAGAAUAUCGGAUUAUCCUAUGAUUGCUUUACCACUCUAGGGAGAACAUUUUAUAGCUGAUAAAGCUGUCCAGUAUAAAUAAAGUUAGUUCAGUUUAGGUUUCCACCUGUAGUAACACUGGAUCAAUAAGAGAUGAUCCUUACUGGACCUCUAGGAAGAACAGUUUAGAACUGAUAGAACUAUCCAGUAUAAAUAAAGUUAGUUUAGUUUAGGUUUCCUCCUGUAGUAACACUGGAUCAAUAAGAGAUGAUCCUUACUGGACCUCUAGGAAGAACACUUUAGAACUGAUAGAGCUAUCCAGUAUAAAUAAGACCAUUUCUUGACAGAGGCCUGACAGUGAUGUUUGAAAUAAUGAAGACGUAUGGCAAUACUUUCCUUCAACAUUGGUGGCGUGAUGUCUUUAAAGUUGUCUUUCGAAUAUUUGACAACAUGAAACUUCCGGAUAGACAGAUUGAUUGGCAAGAAGUAUGUUGUAAAAUUUAAAUAUCACCUAAUUCUAAGAAAGCAACUCUACUGUACUUUAGGAAUUUAGAUUAUUCUCUAUAUUUACUUUUGGGGCUUCGGUGGAGCAAUCAUCAGGGCAAACGCCUUUCUCGCCUCUGAAGUCCUGGGUUCGAGUCUCGCUACGGACGCAUGACACCUGUGUGAAAAGAGUCAGUCAACGCUCUACCGAAAGUCGUGGGUUUUCUCUGGGUACUCUGGUUUCCCCCCACAGGGAAUCUCGACAGGGUGGGUUGGGACAAGCCCCUAACUGACCCUUCCACCGUAUCUGUACUCCGUGAUCAGACAUGAGUUAUAAGGUGGCUGUCAGAGGUGCCCUUAGGAAGCCUUCGACUCGAUCAGGUUGAGCUGCGUCCUUCGUAAUUCAGUUCAGCUCUCAGCUGCAAGGAAAGAUGAUUAUCACACUCCUACUUACUGACUCACUUAUUAGCAAAUCGAUGUUUAGAAAAGCUUAACGUUUAUAUAGUUUUAUAAAACAUUACAGUUAACUGUCUCUGUUUGUUUUUCUUUAGAAAUCGGAAUGGAUGACAACGACAUGCAACCAUGCUCUGUAUGCUAUUAUUGAUGUAUUUACUCAGUAUUUUGAUAUCCUGGCUGAGAUUCUCUUGGAUGAUAUGUACGGUCAUCUUGAAUGGUGUGUCAAACAAGGUGAUUAUAUCUUUCUGACCUGAGAUGAUCCUCACUGGACCUCUAGGGAGAGCAGUUUAGAAUUGAUAGAGCUAUCUAGUAUAAAUAAAGUUAGUUUAGUUCAGGUUUUCUCCUGUAGUAACACUAGAUCAAUAAGAGAUGAUCCUUACUGUACCUCUAGGAAGAACAGUUUAGAACUGAUAGAGCUACCCAUUAUAAAUAAAGUUAAUUUAGUUUAGUUUAGUUUAGGUUUCCUCCUAUAGUAACACUGGGUCAAUAAAAGAUGACUCUUACUGGACCUCUAGGGAGAACAGUUUAGAACUGAUAGAGCUAUCCAUUAUAAAUAAAGUUAGUUUAGUAUAGGUUUCCUCCUGUAGCAACACUGGAUCAAUAAGAGACGAUCCUUACUGGACCUCUAGGGAGAACAGUUUAGAACUAUCCAUGCAUUCGAGAGUCGACUUUCUUAAAAAAUGUUUACUGUGCAAACUAAACUAAUGUAUAUGACGAUAACAAUCACAUUUCCUUGCCUUCCAGAUAACGAGCAGCUUGCGAGGUCUGGGACAAACUGUUUAGAGAAUCUCGUGGUUUCCAAUGGCAACAAAUUCUCGGAAGAGGUCUGGGAGCAAACAUGUCAAUGUGUCAAGACAAUAUUCGAGUCGACGAUACCUGAUCAACUGUUAACGUGGAGACCCGCUGACCAGAAAGUACUGAGCCUUCCUACUCCUGACUCCACCCCAGUCCCUUCGCCUAUUAAGGUGAGAUAAUUACUGAACAAACUUAGGUCGUUCAGGUUGAUUUAAAUUCUUCUACUUUGUUGGACUUUCAUAAAUCUUCAUUUAGAAAAUGCCUUCGGUUGACAUGGAGGAUGAUAUAGUCCCAAAGUAUCCUGAAGGUAAAGAAAAAUAUUUUCAUAAAUAACAAAAAGUAGCUUUCCCAUUUCUGCUUUUUGAUGAUAAGACAAAUUUUGCUUGCCCCAAUAUUUUGCUCAUGGUGAAGAUAUUUUUCAGACGAGGAGGAACUAGAUGGCGUGUUGGAGUCAACUGAUGGAGUAGGCGAAGACGACGAGAUGGUGGCCUUUAAUGAAAGUUUUCAAGAGACAAAUGAGCAAGAUAGUAUUAGUUUACACAGCACGCCAAGUUUACGUUUUGAACCUGUGGAGGAACACAAACCAAGUGAGUUGACCGUGUAGGAAAAGGUGGUAUAUCAAUAGCCCACUUCCCCUUGUCGAUGAGUUAAGACUGCUACUGUAGAUCGGCUGUAUAAGAAUGGAUGAUUGCAUUUCUUGCUAUGAAUGUUAAUAAAACUGACCAGUACACUUAAAAACUAUUCAAAAGACACGAAUAUCUGAAAAGAACACACGUCUAGUUGAUCGGUCAUUUAUCACUCAAAGGUACAACAGAGUCCGGGUUAAUUUGUUAUAACAUAAAAUUGUCACAAAGAGCACGAUUGGCCUUUCUCACGCCGCCAUUUUUGGGUGGCAAGUCUACGAGAUAAGUUCACAUAACAGCGACUUUUUAUAAUUUUCUUGACGAAUGAUGAUAAAUUUGCUUUGUAAAUGGUUUGUUUAUUUUGAAAAAUUGCUUUUCACUUUGUUUCAAUUGUCUGCAUUGGUUAACGAGAAUUGGAUGCCACCCAAAAAUGGCGGAUAUUCGUCAUCGUAGGAGAGGCUAAUUCUCAUUUAUUCAUUCCCUAAUUUGGUCAAUCGCUAAGUAGAAAUGUUCACUAUAAUUUGUAUUUUCUAGUAGUCCAAACGGAAAGAAUGCUGUUCAAUUCUCUCAUCAUAAAAUGUGUAGUCCAGUUGGAACUGAUUCAAAUGAUUGAUAACGUCGUGUUUUAUCCAAGUACCAGUAGGCGUGAAGACGAGGACAAUAUGGCGGAAAUACGGGUAAGAAUGGCUAACGUAGGGAUAAAGUUGGAUAAAUUUUGUGUGCCAUGCCUGGAAAUUUUUUCUUUUGUGGAUGUAGCCAGUUUUUGGAUGCAGCAAGUUUCUGCCGACGCAGCCAUUAAAUCCAGACGUAGACAUCUAGAUAUCUUAUAUACACUACUGUAGAUAACGCAUCUCUUUUAGUAAAAUUGAAGCCAAGAAUAUUCCAGCGAUUACCCCCAUUUGAAUAUAUGGCGGCCAUGUUGGAGUUUCUCACUCCACUUGCUAAUAAACGCUUAAAAAAUAGCAAUAACUUCCAUCAUUUGAAUAGUUUGAAAACGUACUUGGAAUAGGUUUAACUUAAUGUUUAAGUUCCCUUUUUAAGAAAUAGAAAACAUACCAAUCUUCUUAUUUCAUGGGAAUAUCCUGAGUCUGCAAUCACGGCUUCAAUUUUUGAAUUGCGGAAUAAUUAGAUGCACUAUCUAUAGUGUAUAUAAGAUAUCUAUGAUCUAGCUCCACAUGAUUUUUGGAUGCAUGUAACUCUAGAAUUCUUAGUGCAUGGAAGUCCAAUCGGAACCUCUCUAAUAAGUAAUAACACUGUUCCAACAUCGUGUUGUAAUGAAUUAUUAUUGUCGCCAUGUAGGGUAUGACUGGACCGCGACGUGUUAACAAACAAGAACAUGAUGGGAUGUUUCCACAACUCACUUCUCAACAACUUUUCUUAUUUUGUGAAGUUUUGGAGGAAUCCCAUAAGUUUGCUAAAAGUUUUAAUUGUGAUAAUGACGUACGGACGGCCUUGUGGAAAGCUGGUAAGCGUCUCCUCCCAAGCAUCUUAUUCACCUGAGUACAAUACACCAACACAGCAAAUUUCACAUCCAUCACAUUUGGUUUUACUAUGAUUUUCAGCUUAACUUGUGUGAUUCAAAUAAAUGGUAUGAAAGAUUAAUGUUAUAAUUCUUCUCGUGCAGGUUUCAAAGGUCAGUCGAAGCCCAACUUACUGAAACAGGAAACAUCAAGUCUCGCCUGCUUGCUCAGAAUUCUUUUCAGAAUGUAUGACGAUGAGACGAGGAGAGAUUCGUGGCAAGACGUCGAACAGAGAAUGUUGAGGUUUGUCCACACAUUGCUUUCAAGCCAGUUUUUCCUUCGCAAUUCAACCUCGGGUACAAGGAAAGAUGAGCAGUGCUUUAUCAGAUAUAAACACGAGACGACAGUCGAGUCUCUUAUAUCUGAUAAAGCACAGAUUGCGAAUGUUUUAAAUGGCUAAAAAAACGACGCGUCUUACGAGUUCAUUGGUGAAGUAAUUUUAAAAAGCAACGUUGUCUAAGCCGAGAAAAUCAAAGUUAAAGUUUAUGAUUUUUUAUCUCAUUAUAAAAAUUACCGACAUGAUAGUCAUUUCUUUUGUGUUUUCCUCAUGAAUUAUUGAUUGUUAAGCCCUGGGCAAAAUAGGAAACAUUGUUGCGGAAACAUUGUUUCCUACCAAUGUUUCGCCAUGUUUCCAAGAGUGGAAACAUUAGUGAGAAACAUUAUAGUGAGAAACAUCAAAUGUUUCUCAAUUUGCUAGGAAACAUGAAGCAAAUUUUGUUUCCGCAACAAUGUUUCCACGGGAGGGCAAACAGGGAAACAUUUGAGGAAACAUCGAGAAUCACAAAUGUUUCCACAACAAUGUUUCCUAUUUUGCCCAGGGCUUUAGUAAUCUUUAAUAUAUCCCAUCUCUAGGAUAUGCAAUGAAGCUCUACAGCACUUCAAUCAAUUACAAUCAGCGAGUCAUCGAGAUGCCUGGACGACAUUGCUAGUCCUUAUUUUCACCAGACUGCUUCGUCUUGAAGACCCCAGGGUAAGUACAGCAAUACUUGAUUUGGUUUUGCUCACACUAUCAGAGGAAUCCUAGCCUCCUUCUUCCCCAGAAAAUGUUGAAAACCAGGUGUCCCAGACUGGCUAAAAAUGCAUUUGCCGGUCAGCUUUCUAACUUUGACUAUUUUCUUUUUCGUAGUUUAAAAUUCACAUUUCAUCAUGCUACCCGCAUCUGUGUGAGAUGAUUGUGUUUGAUUGUAAACUUGAACUCAAACUAAUGCUACGUAAAGUUCUACAAAGAAUAGCAACUACGUUUGGAAUCACCAGCUCACAGAGUUAACAGAAGUUCGCAAGCAUAAACCAAUUUCCCAUCAUGGCCUGAAUGAAUUCUAUAAAGCCUGGUUGACACUAUCAAAGUUUCUGUGAUCACAGUAGGAAUUGUGCAUCGGUAAAUUUUAAAUUUUGAAGGAUUUAUAAGAGCAAUGUUUGAUGGAAUAAACAAAUAACAAAUAACAUGGAAUCAGUAUCCUCAAAGAUUUCUUCCAAACCUUCAAAACUUAGAAUUUACCUAUGCAAAAUUCCUACUGUGAUCACAGAAACUUUGAUAGUUUAAACCAGGCUUAACACACCACACUGGUGCUAUCUAUGUAUCAUGCAACUGCUUAACAAACGAUACGUUAUACAAGUCACCUUAAGUGAUAUUAUCAACGCAGAAUAUGAAUUAGCCACAACAGAAACCCGCAAAGCCGACGGGUCAAGCUAGUGUUUAGGUAAACGUAUCAGAAUUGUUCGUUUUUACAAUGCAAAGCAACGAAUUUGAUUUCAUUUGCAUGUAUUGUCUGUAGUUAUAAUUUAUUUAAUUCUUAUUUGUGAUUAAUUCUAUCGGCAUGGAUAAUUCUGCUCAAUAUUUUCACGCCGAAGCAGAACACAAAAUGAAGAAGCUGCAAAGUCGCUUUUUGAUCGAAUUGAAAUUUUAAAACCUGAUGUUUUAAUGUCAAUUUCUAUUAUGAUAGUAGAGUAAUAGCAUUCACGAGGAAAAUUGAAUUAAUUUAAUAAUAAUUAAAUACCAUUUGAAAU